UGAAUCCAAUCAGGGCUGGCUGGCUGCACUUUUCCGGCCCGGCGGCCGGAGGCGCCUCCUCUCUCCUUCUUAUACAUCGGCCGCCUGCCGAGCCGCCGCGCAGCAAGUCGCCCGGCCGGAUCGCACCGCCCGCGGGACCCCGAGCCAGCCAGCAACCCAUGAGCUGCGGAGAGGAGCCGACGGUGCCGAGGCGGAGCUGAGCGCCGCAGAGCUGGAUGGCCCUGGCCGAGGGCGGCUGGUGCCUGCUGAAGCGCUGCGGCCCCGACGCUCCCCCAGGCCGGGAGCUGCCUUCGCCCUCCUCGUCGUCCGGCUGCUCCCCGCCGCGGACGGCCAAGCCCGAGGGCCUGGCCGAGAGCGGCAGGGCCCUGCGCGGCCCCUUCGUCUCGCUGGCGGCCGCGCCGACCAGCCUGCCCAGCUGGGAGGACCUGCUGCUCUUCGCCGACCUGGACCAGGCAAACAAGCUGCUGUGGUCGAGCCGCGCCGCGGCCAAGCUGAGCCCGGAGCCCGGCCCGCCGCCGCCGCCCGAGGACAUGUACCACCCUCACCAGAGCCUGCCCGGCGGCGCCUACGAGAGCCCCGCGCCCGGCGGCUUCGCGCCCGCCGCCGCCACCGGCUCGCCAGUCUACGUGCCCACCACGCGCGUGGGCUCCAUGCUGCCCUACCUGCAGAGCCCUCCCGGCGCCGGCCAAGGCGGGCCGCCCCCCGCCUGGCCGCCGCCCGCCCCCGAGAGCCCCUCGUCCGCCUACGGCGGCGGCUGCGCCUCGGGCCGUUUCGCCUACCCGGGCGGGAGCCCGCCAGCCCCCGGCAGCGCUUCCCGAGACCCCGCCGCAGCUUACAGCCCCCGCGAGCAGUUCCGGCCCCUGAACGGAUCCUACUACGGGCCCUACGUCGGAGCACAGCUCGGGCCCCCCAGCUGGCCCGCCGGCCCCUUCGACAACUCGGUGCUGCACUGCCUGCCCAGCCGGCCGCCCCUCGUGCGCCCCUCCAACGCAGACCUCCUGGAUGAUCUGUCCGAGAGCCGGGAAUGUGUCAAUUGUGGCUCCAUCCAGACCCCCUUGUGGAGAAGAGACGGCACUGGCAACUAUCUAUGCAAUGCCUGUGGGCUGUACACGAAGAUGAAUGGCCUCAGCAGGCCCCUUAUCAAGCCCCAGAAGAGAGUGCCUUCUUCAAGACGACUGGGUUUGUCUUGUGCAAACUGUCACACUACAACCACCACCCUCUGGCGCAGAAAUGCAGAAGGAGAGCCUGUUUGCAAUGCCUGUGGCCUCUACAUGAAACUUCAUGGGGUGCCCCGACCCUUGGCUAUGAAAAAGGAGGGAAUUCAAACCAGGAAACGGAAACCAAAGAACAUAAAUAAGACAAAGUCAUGCUCUGGUAAUAAUAGCAAUAAUACAGUUCCUAUGACUCCAACUUCCACGUCUUCUACGAACUCAGAUGACUGUAGCAAAAAUGCUUCCCCUAGUACACAAACCACAGCCUCAGGGGCAGUCUCUUCAGUGAUGACCGGCCGAGGAGAGAGUGCCAGUCCGGAGACUAGCACACUCAAAUAUUCAGGCCAGGAAGGGCUGUAUUCAGGAGUCAGCCUGACCUCCACUGCAGAAGUUACAGCCUCCGUGAGACAGGAUUCCUGGUGUGCCUUGGCUCUAGCAUGAAUUGGCGGUGGAGAUGGAUACUUACACUGGGCUGCAACCUGUAGUUGGCUACACUUUGCAUUGUGUAUUUUUCUUGUAUCAAGCAGACCAAGAAGCAAUGAAAGCGUUGGCAGGGACAUCCUUGUCAGUCGUCUCAGUGCCUUGAUUCUAGAGGUGUUUACUCCCAAGGUCUGAUUGCCCAGAUCCUCAACUAUGCAAGAAAAUCAGGGGAGCCUAAACCACUUCUCUUAGCUCCAUCAGAGGUGCCCUUCUGCAUUGUUCAUAAGUCCCAGAAGUAGAUCUUCACCACAGUUACCAGUGCUGCCUUGUGUAUUCGAGAAUGAUGUAUUUGUUUCACUCCCACUCAACUGACAUCCAAGAUUUGAUUGGUGUUGAGGUUUCUUGCAGACAAAGUAGGCAAAAGCUUUCAUUGUCAGGGACAGUGCCACACAGAACAGACGAUGAGUGCAUGGCUCAUUCCGACGUGCGCACCUUGAAAUGUAACAGUUUGAUAUGAUGAUCUCCUCUCCCAAGUCAGUGUUCCAGCUAUAGCCUUCUUCUCACAGCAUGUCCACAUUUCUGAAUAGCUUGUAAAAAACAAAACAGAUUUUCAUCUCACCCAAGGAAAUAAAUCACAUUUGGUACACCCUUCUCAAGUUAGAACUGGCUAACAAGAACUUUUGUUUAAAGCAUUUGCAAGGCCACAUUAUUGCUUUUCACACGUCCUAUGAUGGAGGAUGAUGGAGUUUCCUUUAUUGUGACUGAACUAUACAGAGUCUGUUGGAAAUUGUAAACAGGGUAGCAUUCAGAUUUUUUUCCCCUUCCAUGUAUACAAUAAUUUUUUUAUAAAGUGCAAUUUGUGUUGCAGCAAUCAGUGUUAAAUCGUAAGCAUAAGAUUUAACAACAGUUUUUAUAUGAAUGAAUGGAAUGAAUGUAAACAUUUUAACUUAAUGGUACGUAAAUAAUUUAAAAGAAAGCUUAACUAGGCACCCCAUAGGGUAUUUUUUAUUGCAACAAAAAUGUUCUACUUCUGUGUUACUGAUUAUUAAAACAAAAAUUUCAAGAACAAAUGUUUUCUCAGGAAAAAUUGACCCUAAGUGACUAUCCUGUCAUAAACUUUUCUAUAUAACUACCAAUCCAUCCCUACUACUUUGCCACUGAAUAAAGUAUGUGCUAGAAAAAUACCAACGGCAGCGAAACUUUACUACCUAAUUGUUUCCUAUGUAAAUACUUCAUCAAACAUUUAGGUUUCUUUAAAAUAUGCAAUUUGUAUAAUGUAGCUGACCCAUAGCUAGGUCAGUUUACAUUU